UUUUAUUAAAGCUUCCUUCACACAUUUCAACAAUUUUAUCUCUUUCCUCCACUUUACUUUAGGUAUUUUGCUGACUUGGACGUUGAUGCGCAGACAAAAGCAAGAACUCUUGCACCCCUUAACCAUAUUUUUUGGUUGUAUGUUCAAACUAUCCUUUCUUUCAACCUUAUCUACUUCCUUCCAACUAAUACAAUCCAAAAACAUUAUCAAUAAUAUUAAAAUUAACAAAAAAAGUGAAAAUUUAUGAAUUUAUGAAUUUAAAGAUCAACAAGUAACAUUUUUAAAACUACAAAAAAAUGCUAAUAUUUAGUUCGAAAUUUAAGAAUAACAAUCAAUUUUUUUUUUCAUUUACUUAAAACAAAAAUCUCACCGUGCAUAAACAUUGAACAUAGAAAACCAUAGAUAUUUAUUGAAGAAAAAAAAAGAGCACUUUUUUCCAUUAAGUGGAGACACGUGGGCAUUCUCUGUCUCAGCCAGCAUAUAAAUCGGUCCCGAUGCAUUGCAUUUCCUUUCCCUCAACUCCCACCCAACCGUCCGAUUAAAUGUCCCAAUCAAAUAGUUCACAUCUCUCCACGCUCACUUGUCAUUUACCUUUGAUUCACCAAACUCCUCAUGGCUUGCAAUACGUCCACGCUCCCUCACUUACAUUCCUUGGAUUUAAAUCAAAUCCAACGGCUGAUGCUCUUCUUCAAGUUUCUCUUUCUAAUUUACUCACUGUAACAUUAUGUCCCGCUCUUUCUCCAUCCACUCCAAAAAAAACCACAGAAAAUCUUUCUCAUUGUUUUUAUUAUAAGAAUAUUAUAAGUACUGUUUCCUUUCUCUAUCUAUUUUUUUCUAUUAAUUUUUUUAUAGAAAGAAAUGCAAGAACAAGCAACGAGUUCAAUUGCAGCUAGUUCUUUGCCUUCAAGUAGUGAAAGAUCUUCAAGCUCUGCUCUUCAAGUUGAAAUCAAAGAAGGUAUGGAAAGUGAUGAAGAGAUUCGCAGGGUGCCUGAGAUAGGUGGAGAAGCAACAGCAGCUCCAGCAACGGGUUCUCUGGCUGGUCCGAACCGGGUUCAGCCAUCAGGGGAGGGUGGUCAGAGAAAGCGAGGUAGGAGCCCAGCAGACAAAGAAAACAAGCGCCUAAAGAGGUUGUUGAGAAACAGAGUUUCAGCACAGCAAGCAAGGGAAAGAAAAAAGGCAUACUUAAAUGAGCUAGAAACCAGAGUUAGAGACUUGGAGAAGAAAAACUCUGAGCUUGAAGAGAGGCUGUCCACGUUGCAGAAUGAGAAUCAGAUGCUUCGACAAAUAGUGAAGACCACGACGGCGAGCAGGAGAGGGGGCAAUGGCAGUUCAAAUGCAGCUGCAGAUGGAUGCCUUUGAGGAGUUACUGAGUAUAGAAUUUGUAGGGGGUUGAAAAAACUUAUGUAAAGAGACUUAUGCUUCAGAAAAAUUCUAUUUCCAAUGCAAUGAAGCAGCAUUGACUGUAGAAUCCUAAAUUAUCAAAACUAAACUUUAAUCUCUUAUAGUGAUGGCAAUGAAAGUUGGCUAUGGUUUAAGCCUCGCAACUGCCAACAAGGUGUUUUCUGUUUUGGCUCAUUGAGGCUGAAAAGUCGUAAUUCAUCUGUCCAAAGUUUCUAGUAUUUAUCUAUAUUCUAGAUACACUUAUUGUUAAUUUAUUCUAGUUAAAAGUAGGCCUCAAAGGAACUUAGGCAUGAGUUAUUUGUU